AUAUCAUCCAAUGGGAGAUCACAUAAAUAUUUAGCUAGGCUGCUAACUAGCUAGGAAGGUUGCUAGCUAGGAACUAUUGGAAGAAUAUGGAUACUGUAAUGCUGGAACCAUCUUUGUACACUGUGAAAGCAGUCCUCAUUCUGGAUAAUGAUGGAGAGAGGCUCUAUGCAAAAUAUUAUGAUGACACAUACCCUUCAGUGAAGGAACAGAAAGCUUUUGAGAAGAACAUCUUCAGCAAGACACACAGGACAGACAGUGAGAUCGCUUUGCUAGAGGGCCUCACAGUCGUCUACAAGAACAACAUUGAUAUUUUCUUCUAUGUCAUUGGAAGCUCACAUGAAAAUGAGUUGAUGCUAAUGGCUGUUCUAAACUGUCUGUUUGACUCACUUAGCCAAAUGUUGAGGAAGAAUGUUGAGAGGAGAUCUCUACUUGAAAACAUGGAAGGUCUCUUUCUAGCUGUGGAUGAAAUUGUGGAUGGAGGAGUGAUUCUGGAGAGUGAUCCUCAGCAAGUGGUCCACCGUGUGGCUCUAUGGGGGGAAGAUGUGCCUUACUCAGAGCAGACUGUCACCCAGGUGCUGCAGUCUGCCAAGGAACAGAUCAAAUGGUCUCUGCUACGAUAGGACCUGUCGACUCCCCGGUUCAACUCCCCUCAUCUAACACUGUACCACCAUUAUCCAUGGCUCCUCUCUCUGUGAUGACAUCUCUUCCCCUGUGCUCAUUACUCACCAUUCCUCCAAUCAGGGCUGACGAGAGGAUGAUCUCUCAGCCAGUCAGACACUGCCAGGGCAAGGGAUAUCUUAGAGUUUCGUCUGUCUGAAUCGAUCAUUUCUAUAAUUUGUGUGUCUUUACUGUAAAGGUGUAUUCUUCUGAUAUCUAGCUGUAACGCUAGCUAUGACAGAUAUUGGAUGGUAGUGUGUCCAUACAUUCCAGUUGCUUGGUUUGCGUUUUCUUCCACAGACCCUAACCAUUUCAGUUGACAGCUUCAUGCCCCUCAUCUCUGAUAACAAUACAUGUGUUAACAAUAGUACAGACCAUAGAAAUAACUCCUUUCUAAUUCUAUGGUCCAGACAUGUGGUCAGAUCAGGCAACAUCGUUGUUAGUCACUCUGUGCUCUUCAGAGUACUGUAUAAACUCAGUCAUUUAAAUCUUUUGAAUAAAAACAUUUAUAGACACUGAA